AUGAGUCUCAAGUCAGACAUCAUCUGCGCCGUGGUCAUUACUUGGCUAGCAGCCCUUCUGGCGCAGAUCGCUCGUGUUUUUGCUCGUCGCAUGACGAAGCAGCAAUGGUGGUGGGAUGAUUACUUCUGUCUUGGCGCCUUUAUCGUUGGUAUAGGAUACAAUGUCGUGAUGAUCUACUGGACCGAGAAUUGGUACCUAGGCUCGACGAUCCCUGAUACCGUUACCGAUGAAGAAUAUGACAACAUCAACCUGAACGCGCGACUCAUGCAGUUCCUCAUCUCCAACACAUACUCCUACUCGAUCGGGUUCUCUAAACUGUCCAUUCUUCUGUUCUACUGGCGCAUUUUUAAACAAUCCGCGAUUCGAAUUCCGAUCCAGGUCCUCCUUUUCCUCAGCGCUUCAUGGCUUAUCCUUCGUACCUUUAUGGUUAUCUUCCAUUGUAUUCCUGUUCAGGCUUAUUGGGAUAAGAACAUUGAGGGUGCUGUGUGUAAGAUCAAUGAUGCACAGUUCUUUUUUGGGACUUGUCUUACGCAUUUUGCUCUUGAUGUUGUUAUUUUGGCUUUGCCGAUUAUUGAAGUGUUUAAGCUUCGACUUCGCAUGGGACAGAAGGUCGCCAUUACUGCACUUUUUGUCAUUGGUUUCAUCGUCUGCCUUGCCUCGACAUUUGUUGUCAUCGAAUCAAUCAGAUAUGAUGUUAACACAACUCAAAUGCCACGCGAUAUGGCCAGAAACGACAUGUGGGGUUGCGUCGAGAUCAACAUCGCCAUCGUCUCCGGUUGCUUCCCUCUCCUACGACCAAUCUUCACCAAGAUCCUCCCCAAGAGAUUCCUCAGCUCCGCCGGAAGCAGCCACCCCAUCAGCCGAACAACCAACGCCAUCCGCCUCACCACCAUCAACCGCACCAUCAAAGAAAGGGAAGCAGACGACAACAGCUCCCAACACCAACUUGCAGAUCCAGAACAAGGAAUUCAUGCACACUUUGAGAUUGAUAAGGAGGGGCCCAGGACUUAUAUCUCCAGCCGGACGACAGAGUCUCUGCACUCGAGGGAGCAGGAUAUGGCGGGCAUUUAUGUGCGGAAUGAUGUGGUACAGGAGGUUGAGGAAUCGAGUCAUACAUACAAGUUGACGCGGUAG